AUGUCUCCUUAUACAAAAAGAAAAAUGGAAGAAAAUUCAGAAAUCUCUGAUAACAUUUCCGCUUCACAACAAAUAACUGAUAAUUCUGAAAAUGUCACGAAUCCUAAAAUCUGCCAAAUAUGUAAUAACGACGAUUGGAAAUAUAAAUGUCCCAGGUGUGAAUUUCUUACGUGUUCUUUAACAUGUUCGAAAUUACAUAAAGAAAAAUAUAAUUGUAAUGGGAUAAGAUCAAAAACCAGUUUUAUUCCGUUGAAUAAAUAUGGUUAUCAAGAAUUAAUGAAUGGUAAAGAUUUAUCACGAGUAAUUGAUGCAACUCAUCGAGCUCGCAUUGAUCAAACCAAUUCUCAACAAAAGAAAUUUAGUAAAAAUUUAGGAAAGAAAAAACUAUAUAAGACAAGACAAAGAGGACAAAAACGUUAUACGAAAGGAUCAAAUAUAAUUAAAUAA